CUAUUAUGCCAGAUGACUCGGUGCCUGCUGUCGAGCCAGACGAUCCAAUGCCAGCUGAUGCCAGAUGACCCGAUGCCCGCUGUCAAGCCAGCCGAUCCAAUGCCUGAUGACCCAGUGCCUGCGGUUCUGCCAGAUGACUCGGUGCCUGCUGCUCCGCCUGAUGGCCCGGUGCCCGCUGCUCCGCCUGAUGGCCCGCUGCCUUGCCUGCUGCUCCGCCUGAUGGCCCGGUGCCCACUGCUCCGCCUGGUGACCCAGUGCCCGUGGUUCUGCCAGAUGACUCGGUGCCCGCUACUCCGCCUGAUGGCCCGGUGCCCGCUGCUCCGCCUGAUGGCCCGUUACCCGCUGCUCCGCCUGAUGGCCCGGUGCCCGCUGCCUUGCCUGCUGCUCUGCCUGAUGGCCCGGUGCCCGCUGCUCCACCUGAUUGCCGGUGCCCGCUGCCGCUGCUCCGCCUGAUGGCCCGGUGCCUGCUGUUCGGCCUGAUGGUCCGGUGCCUGCUUCUCCACCUGGUGACCCAGUGCCCGCGGUUCUGCCAGAUGACUCGGUACCCGCUGUCCUGCCAGAUGACUCGGUGCCUGCUGUCGAGCUUGGUGACCCAGUGCCCGCGG